UGGACUGCUGCUGAGUGGUCCAAAGUUAUGUUCUCUGAUGAAAGUAAAUUUUGCCUUUCCUUUGGAAAUCAGGGUCCCAGAGUCUGGAGGAAGAGAGGAGAGGCACACAAUCCACGUUGCUUGAAGUCCAUUGUAAAGUUUCCGCAGUCAGUGAUGGUUUUGGGUUUCAGCUUCGAUCCUCCUUUUAAAACAUCUACACCGAUCAAAAGGCCACGGAUGGAGAAUAGCACAGAUGAGAUCAACACCACCUGGUCGGGAACAACAAAGGAGUCAGCAACUUUGGAAUCCACAUACGAGCCUGAUAUCACUCAAGAGGAUAGUCACAAGGUUUGCCAACCCCUCUACAGUGCAGCAAAAUACAUGGUGUACGAGGACAACUUGUUGGACCUAUUUAGAAAGUGUCCGGCGUGUAUGCACACCUGCACCGUAAACAAAUUCGUGAUUGGAACCUUUGUGUCAAUCACACAGAUAUGUUCUCAGUGUGUCCACAAAACCCAGUGGAACAGCCAGCCGUACAUCAAAAAUGUCCCAGCUGGCAAUCUGCACUUGUCAGCAGCAGUAGCUUUCACUGGGGCAUCAUAUAUACAAGUUCACAAGGUUCUCUCAGCUCUGCGCCUUGAAUGUAUGUGUCCAAGGACAUUUUUUAACCAUCAAAAGGCUUUCCUCGUACCAACCAUUUUGUGGCACUGGAGGUCUGAGCAAAAAACACUUGUGGAACAGGCAAAGCUGUCUGGAAAGGCCAUAGUUCUGGGAGGUGAUAUGAGAGCUGAUUCACCAGCUACUUUCACUUGAUUGUGCUGCACGUAUCAGAAGAUUAUUACAGAGGAAGCUGCGUUGAUGGAGGAAUUUGCAGCUUUACUUGGAAAUACGAUUCCCGUUCAUCAAUAAGAGGAAGGAGUGGAUGAAGAAAGCUUUAUGCUGCUGGAUGACGCGAGCAUUGCUGCGCUAAUAACAGCAACUGCUCUCAGGGUUAAAUUCAAGAAAUUUCAUUCAGAACUUUUGGAAGUAAGUUUAUACUAGCUAAACAAUGACUGUUUUUGAUCACUUAUUUGUUGACUUGUUUCAAGUGCAAUAAGGGAAUUUCAAGGGAAACAAAAGAACUUUUUGAGAACAAAAGCAGUCCAGGACACCUUUCAAUAUGUUCCUUUGCAGCCUGUCCUUAAAAAACACAAGAAAGACCAGGUACCAUGGAAAAAAUCCUUUCUCAGAAGCAAAAUAAAGAUGUUGCCCUCAUUGAUCACACUGAAGGUGUGCUGUACAAAACCAGCCACCUGUUUUCCAAAGAAAUCUGUUUCACUGUUGCUGUGUAAUGACGACUGUGAAACUGUAAAUCCCAUCGGUUCUAAGACUUCAAUUCACAAACUGGGACUAAUUUACUUCCAAAUGAGAUGUCAGCUUCCAUGUCAGCAUGCUUUCUGUUGGCUUUGUGUAAUAAAGUCAGAGGACAUCAAGACAUAUGGCAUGGGCGCAGUUCUUGAUUGCAUAAUUAAAGAUUUGAGGGAUUUAAAACAAAAUGGCCUUCAAAAUGAGACCGAACAAUUCAGUGGUACCAUAAAGUUUGGUGUUGCACAGGUUUGUGGGGACAGUCUUGCCCUGAAUUCUCUUCUUGGUUUUUCAGGGAGUUUUUGAGCAAAUAGUGACUGUUGUUUGUGCAAAACUAACAAACAAGUUCUCCGCAGCCAGACAGCAGAGGAUCUAAAUUUGCUGGGCAAUGCACUGAAUUAUAGUCCGGAUUUACAGACUAACAUCCUACAGAAAUUGGUUUAAAAUGGAGAUGUGUCAUAGAUGACAAUGUUACACCUGAUAUUUUAAGAGGGUGUUGGUCUUCUGGAGGUGAAAAUAGCACUGUCUGAACUCAUAGCUGAAGCUUACAUUAGUCUGGAUACUGUAAACUACAGGAUAACAAGCUUUGAUUAUGGUCUUGUUGAUAGUGUACAAUAAACCAUCAGUCCUGUCAAAUCAUGAACUUUGAAACCCCAACAGUGCCAUGCGUCAGCGCAGCACAAAUGUAGUAUCUGUUGUGAUUUCUUCCCCUUCUAAUAGGUGACUUCCCACUAAGCAAAGACACUACCAAAAGAUGCCAAUUUAAUGUAUUUUAAAUUUAGUAUUUCUUGAAUUAGCUAUAUUUUUAAGCAGCCUUUUACAGGCUCAUGUGAGUGCAAAGAACACCAGAUAAAGCUUAUAAAAUAUGAAAUAUAUUAUUGUGAUGUUAUGUGUUAAGUGACAAAUUUAAAUAACUAAAAGAGAUCAACAUAUAUUUCACGUUUACAUCACUGUGUCAUAACAUAAUAAUGCCCCUUGUGCGAGUGCAUGUUUAAAUUGACCAAAAGCUUUGUAAAUCACACAUCGGCGUUACGCUUUCUGUAUGUGUAAGGAAAAAAUAAUAUUAAAGAGUGACACAAAAGAACAUGUGAUAUUUACAUCUUUUGACUCAGGACACAUAGGACUGCUUGUCAUUUUCUUUUGUAUUAAAAAGCGAUUUCCUGAACUUGUUUUGCACGUCUUGUAGACAUCCAAGAAAACUCCUAGUUGGACGUUCAAAUAACUACAUAUCUACAUCCAACAACCCUAUUCAGACAUCAAGAUAUUGAACCAGUUUUGCAUAUCCACAGAUGUCCUAAAAGGGUCCUAGUCAGGGGUCGUAUUCACAAAACACCUUAAGGCUAAAAGUAGCUCCUAAAUUGCCAAUUUAGGAGAAACUCUUAAAAAUAAUGGCCGUGUCAGUCCUAAUUUUAGGAGUCCUAAAUUUUUGCUCUAAGAGUAUUUCACAAAGCAUUUUAGC